CCCUGCAGCCGCUGUUCUCUGGCAGAAACCCCGUAGCUCAGCACAGCAGCGCCAUUCGGAAACUGCAGCAGAAUCCAAAAUGGCAGGAGCUGAUGGAGACGACUCCCUCUACCCCAUCGCUGUUCUCAUCGAUGAACUGCGGAACGAGGAUGUUCAGUUACGACUGAACAGCAUUAAGAAGCUGUCCACUAUUGCUCUGGCGCUUGGAGUCGAGAGGACUCGCACUGAACUCCUUCCCUUCCUCACAGAUACCAUCUAUGAUGAAGAUGAAGUUCUGCUGGCCUUGGCUGAGCAGCUUGGCAAUUUCACUAUGUUGGUGGGAGGGCCCGAGUAUGUCCACUGUCUCCUGCCUCCUCUGGAGAGUCUAGCUACAGUGGAAGAAACGGUAGUAAGAGACAAAGCUGUGGAGUCACUGCGCAAGAUCUCUCAGGAGCACUCUCCAGUUGACCUGGAGGUCCAUUUUGAGCCUUUGGUGAAGCGGCUGGCCAGUGGUGACUGGUUCACUUCUCGUACAUCUGCUUGUGGCCUGUUUAGUGUGUGUUAUCCUCGUGUCUCCAGCUCUGUCAAGGCUGAGAUUCGUCAGCAUUUCCGCACCUUGUGUUCAGAUGACACUCCUAUGGUGCGUCGUGCUGCAGCAUCUAAACUGGGGGAGUUUGCCAAAGUCCUCGAGCUUGAUUAUGUAAAAAGCGACAUUAUUUCCCUCUUCACUGCUCUGGCCUCUGACGAGCAGGACUCUGUGCGCCUGCUUGCAGUGGAAGCAUGUGUGAGCAUCGCCACUCUGCUGCCCCAGGAGGACCUGGAGACGCUGGUCAUGCCAACGCUGCGCCAGGCUGCGGAGGAUAAGUCCUGGAGGGUUCGCUACAUGGUGGCUGACAAGUUCUCUGAACUCCAGAAAGCAGUGGGACCGGAGAUCACCAAGAACGAUCUGGUCCCGGCCUUCCAGAAUCUCCUGAAGGACUGUGAAGCUGAGGUUCGCGCUGCUGCAGCCAACAAAGUCAAAGAAUUCUGCGAAAACCUCCCAGAGGACAGCCGUGAGCAAAUCAUCAUGACUCACAUUCUGCCCUGUGUCAAGGAGCUCGUUUCAGACACCAACCAGCAUGUGAAGUCAGCCCUGGCCUCAGUCAUUAUGGGCCUUUCAACCAUCCUGGGCAAGGACAACACAAUAGAGCACUUACUGCCUCUCUUCCUGGCUCAGCUCAAGGACGAGUGCCCCGAGGUGCGUCUCAACAUCAUCUCUAAUCUCGACUGUGUGAACGAAGUGAUUGGCAUCCGUCAGCUCUCCCAGUCACUGCUGCCGGCCAUAGUGGAGCUGGCAGAGGAUGCGAAGUGGAGGGUCCGCCUCGCCAUCAUAGAGUACAUGCCCCUGUUGGCAGGACAACUGGGAGUGGAGUUCUUUGAUGAGAAGCUCAACACCCUUUGUAUGGCCUGGCUCAUUGAUCAUGUGUAUGCCAUCCGUGAGGCGGCCACCUGUAAUCUAAUGAAGCUGGUGGAGAAGUUUGGAGCUGAAUGGGCUCAGAACACCAUCGUACCCAAAGUGCUGGGCAUGGCCAACGACCCCAAUUACCUCCACAGGAUGACCACUCUGUUCUGCAUCAAUGCUCUGUCAGAGGCUUGUGGCCAGGACAUCACCACUAAGCAGAUGUUGCCAGUGGUGCUCAAGAUGUCCAACGACCAGGUUGCCAACGUUCGCUUCAAUGUGGCAAAGUCCCUUCAGAAGAUUGGGCCCGUCCUUGACAGCAAUGCCCUUCAGACGGAGGUGAAGCCAGUGCUGGAGAAGCUGGCCACAGACACAGACAUGGAUGUCAAGUACUUUGCCCAGGAAGCUAUCAGUGUUCUGGUCCUAGCAUAACCAACCCAACGUGGCGAAACCAGACAACCACCCGAAACAACAACGCAAACACUUUUACAAGAUAUUUAUUGAUGUUCAGGAACAACUGAUAAAUGUAUAGAAAAGCUGUUAACAAUUUCUUUUCCUUUUUUUUUUUUUACUGUCCAAUGGUCGUCCACGUCCAGGCGUAGCACAGGCUUCUUCGUUAACCUUCUUCUUUGCUGUAAAUGGGUGCUUUAACAAGGCAGCGUAUGAUGAAAAUGAGUGGUGCAUGCUGACCAAUGUGCUACUGUACUAGCUAGGCAUCGCUAACCACAACCCCUCUCACAUUCCUACCCCUUUUCCAUCUUCGGCCACUGUUGUCCUUAAGCCACAGUCACUGCAGCGCACCACAUGUCCAUGUUCGCCGGCCAGCACCCAGGGCCGUGCUGCUGCGCUUUCCUCCCAGUGCUAGAUGCUAACUAAGACAAAAAAAAAAAAGGAGUUUGAGAAACAAACUGCUUGUUUAGGAAUCAGCCCUCGGAUCUCCCAGAGUCCUGACUGAACGCUCUCUGCAGGACUAGUUGAUUUUUCUACCGCCAGACUAAAACCUGUUGUCUCCUAAAUGUCACGCAAGAUUGUUAUGUACAAAGCUUUGGCAAAAAAUAAUGGGAGCAUCCAUUACUGCAUGUAAUCUGAUGAACUCUCAAUGAUUGCAUGUACUAAUCAAUCUGAAAUAAUGUCCUCGCCGAACUCUCUGCCCCUCUGCACUGUUUGUUCUCUACAGCAACACAGAUUGAAUCGGUCAGACACAUGAAUUACCUCGGCCCAGUGUAACAGGGACCAGCUCGGUCGGAAAGUGUUGCUUAUAAUUAUCCCUCCCCCUCCUCCUCAGUGAUUUCGUUGAUGUGCACGGGUGGAAAGUCGUAGUCGUGCUUUUUCUGCAAUAGGUUCCGGCAUCGCUCUUAAAUCUUUGUGUCAAUUACUUUAAAAAGCAGUGGUGUCUUCUUUUAGUAUGCGUGGGUAAACAGUUUUCACUUGUCCUGUAAACAAAAAAACAAGACCACGGUCUUGUCUGUGAGGGACAAUUAAUCCCUCUGACGUUAAUGGAAUGGUAAAACUUAAAUUGACCACAGCUUUCGGGGCCGUGGGAUUAAAGAAAGCGUGGCACUGUGUCCUGGAGCCUCCCUGCAGUCCAGGCCAAGUCCUCCACUGUACGUGAGAUUUAAAAGCAUCAGAUCAGAGAACACCAAGGACGUAGCUUACAAAUCUCUACACGGUGGAGAAUGAGCGCAUGCUUUCAAAGGGGGAUCGGGGACAUGGAGCAUGUGUACAUAAGGCUGCGUUAUGUUUUAAUAUGGGAUGGGUCCUGGGGUGGUUAUGGGUGGGUUGAAUAACUCUAUCGCCUGGGUUGACAAAAUAAACUGUCUUUUCCCUGAACUCCUCCCCCCCUACAUUUUGUUAUUGAAUAAACUUUGAUCGUUGAUUGUCCUGUAUCGCAAAGACUGCUUUUAUUUUGAAUUCUCUCCACAGUUGGGCUGCUGUACUACUGUAUCUUGAUCUGAAUAAAGUAACUCAACGGAA